AUGUUAUCGAAUAUUGCUAAACAAACAACUAGAUUAAUACUCAAUGAAUAUAUCGAAAUUCCUUUUAUAUUUGAUCUUCGAUUUCCAUGUUCAAUUAAAGAGUUUGAAAUUAUUUAUAAUAUCCAUAAUAAUUUAUCAUAUGGAGAUGUUGAGAUGACAAUUGAAGAUCAAGCAUAUACAAAAUUAAAAGAAAAUAGUUUUUAUAAAAACUAUUUUGAAGAUUCGAUAAUCAAUAAUGAAUAUUUAUUUGAGCAAUAUUACCGUGAUCAAUUAACUAUACUUUUAGUCAAAUGUAAAAUUCACUUAGAUAUUGAAUUCGUUUUUUCACUUGUCUGUAAUAGAAAUUCUAUGAAAACGUCUACUGAUCGAAUUAAAUAUUAUUUAGUUUAUCAUGAUGAAUUAAAGCAACUAUUAAAAAUACUUAAUUAUGGAUUUGAAGUGUUAAAAGAUGAUAUUAACAAGACGUUAAUUGAUACAGAAAAUGUUCUUAAUCCUAAUUGUUUUCCCUUAAAAACAAAUGAUUAUUAUAAAUUGAUUACAGUAGAUAACGUAAUUUAUCAAAUCCCACCGAAUACAGUUAUAGAUAAUGCUGAAAGUUUAUCUGAAAAAUUCUUAUUUGAGUGUGAUGGUGAACCAUUUGUUGAGAAUUGCUUAAUGAAUCUUAUUGAAUUAAUAAUAACACCAAAAUACAUUCAGGGUAUAAACAAUAUUCAAAAUAUAUUAGUAAUCUAUGCACGAAUGAGUCUUGAAAUAUCCAAUCUUCGACGAUAUACUGUUAACAAUUUAGAAAAAUUAAAACCAAUAAUAAACUUGUUAACUUCCAUUCUGGCACUUUAUAAUGAACCGCCGAAAGUUUUUCAGAUGAUUAUGACAGAUUAUAUAACAGCUAACCGUCUCAAUACAUGUACCAAUAUUGAUGCAUGUAUAACUCAUUUAAAAACAUUAAAGAAUUUCAAAAUUGGCCUUGAUAAAAAUACAAUCAAUAAAAUAUUAUCAAAAUUAGAAAUUGAGUUAUUAAAAAAUUGGUUGUAUGAUAAUGAUGAUAAUUAUGUUGAUCUUUUGCAAAUAUUAGAUAACUCUAACAACGACUUAUGGAAGUAUUCUGCUAAAAUUUUCGCAUAUUUCGAAGGGGUGCUAGGAUUUGAAAUAAUUAGAACAAAUCACGGUCAGGUUACAGUUGAUGGUCCAUAUGUACAAUUGGAACAAUAUUUAGCAAGAGUUAACAUGUCACAAAGAACAACUAAAAUUGAGCAUCUUCUAUCCAAUCGAAUACAUUCAUAUUUGAAACAAACAAUACGAAAAGAAAAUAUUGAAAGUUCAAUAAAUAAUGAGUACACAUAUUUUGAAGACAAUUUAAUACAAUUACAAUCUCUACUAAAUCAACAACAACGAUCUCAAGUAAAAAUUAUUUGUUUACUAUCAUGGUUAAAAUACUAUACCGAAAUGUAUUCCUUUGCACUGAUUAUGACCCAAUCACAACAUAAUGUUAUGCGACAGAUAGAUCGUUUAUUAUUAAAUAAUGAGUCUAAAGUAUGCUCAUCAGUUAAAAUAUUUAUUAUUAAACAGAUGAUAUAUUUUCAUAAUAUGUCACUUGAGGAAUUGAAACAAACACUAUCGAAUCGUAACAUUGCUUGGAUUAAACCAAUACUAUUACAACAAUCAAAUAUUCACGAAAAAGAACCAAAUAAUUUUAUAUUACCUACGCCAUUAUUUGAAUGUAAAAAUGAAUAUAUUCAUGUUGAUCAACUAUUUAAACAAUUCAAAGAAGUAAAUCAAUUAGAAAAUUUAAUUAAAAACUGUCAAACAGAUAAAAGUCUAGCUUAUAGUUUCUAUUUAUGGUUUGUAAGAUAUUAUACACGAUUUCAUAGAAUAAAAAAUAUCUCAAUAGAUAUUAGCUUUGUUCAAAUGAUUGAAAAUCAACUUCAACAACAAUUAAUUUCAACUUUUGAAUUAAUUGGAUAUCAGUUUAUUCUGCAAUUGUGCAAAAACUUUGAUAAUCAAUCAUAUUUUCAAUUGAAGGCAGAUAUGACAGAUAAUGAUAUACAUAUUCGUCUUGUUGCAUUAAAUAUAUUUGCAUUAUAUUUGGCAUCGAAAUGUGCAAUAAAUUCAACCUAUAUAAAUAGUCUUUUAUUUGAUGGUAAUCGUAAAAUGCCAAAAGACUAUGCACAACAUUUAAUGACAAGAUGUUUAGUAGGUUUACAACCAAAUAAUAAUCAUAUUGUAACACAAAUGCAACGUGUUAAAAAUGAAGUACAACAAAGGUUAAAUAGUCGAGAAAUACUCGAACAGGGAAAAUUUAUAUAUCAAUGUUCAAAAAAUUGUUAUUUUAUGUAUUAUUUUGAAAAUUGUGGAAAACCAAAUGAUCGUUCUAACUGUCCAUUAUGUAAAAAUGACAUUGGAUCUGUUAGACGUGGAUCAAGUCAAUUGUUAGUACGCGAUCCACCACAAAUGCAACUAUCUAUUGCUACUGGUUUUCAAUUGAUUGAUAAUUAUAUAAAACAGUUUAACGAAACAAAUCGAUAUGGUUAUUACAUCAAUUCAACACCGGCUGAUAAUUCUACUAUUAGUGAAACAAAUGAGCAUUUACAACCAAUAACCUAUCGUUUAUUGCAUAUGUUUACUCAUACAUCAAUAAUGAUAUUGUACGAUCUGAAAUAUUUACAAUCACUACGUGAUAAAGCUGAUCUACAAGUGAAUUAUUUUCGAAAACAUUAUCUUAAAGAUUAUGAAUUAAUUAAUGCUAUGAUUGGGCAACAAAAUGAAUGUCAUAUAUGGUUAUAUAAAAUUUUUAAUAAUUUAUCUAGUUUUUGUAUUAAUGGUAUAUUAGAUACGAAUAAGAAAGUUGUUGAUUUCGAAAAACAUAUCGAACAAAACGUUGUAUUACCCCAUGUUCAAUCGCUGUCUAAUGAAAUCAAACAAUAUAAUUUAAGUUACAGUGAAUUUAUACGUGAAAAUCAUGCUCAACCACAAUUAAUCGACUAUAUAAAUGAACUAGUUGAAAAUGAGCAAAAGUAUCCAUUGCUAAAUUUUUUGACUAUAGUUAGAAGUAAUAAUGAUAUUGUUAAAGAAUUUCGUUCAAAAUUUUAUUUACUACAAUAUGAAAAAUUAUAUCCAAUAACAGAUUAUGUUUUAAAACAUUUAUCAGAAUUAGAACAAAUAGAAUACAUGUAUCCAAUUAUUAACUUUACUAAUUAUUUAUUACAAAAGUACAAUCAUCGAAUAUUACGUACUGAAGCAUCAACAAAAGAAUUAGAUUUUUAUAUAAGAAGUGAUAUUAAUGAUAAAAAGCUAUUUUCACUAUUUGAGCAAUUUCGUCAAGCAUGGUAUAGAUUAAAAUUAGAUGAUGUACAACUGGAUUGUACUCACAUCAAAAUAGACCGUACACAAUCUAUGGAACAAUUUUCCAAAUCAAGAAAAUUAGCAUUUUUCUUAUUGAAUCGAUCAACAGAUAAUAGUAGUUUCGAAAUACUUGGUUGUAUACAUACAUUAGCUAAAUUUCAAAAUAACAUUAUAAAUUUCUAUAAACAUAUAACUAAUUCACAAAUACUAUACGAGGAUAUUGAAAGAAAACAGCCAGCAAUAGAAAUACAAAAAAUUACAAAAGAACAUUUAUUAUUAGUGUCACCUGAAAUAAUUGAUAAGAUAUUAAGAGAAGAAAACGGUUAUAUUAUUAAUUAUGAAUAUGGCAAAACAAAAGAAGUAAUUUAUGAUUAUGAUGAAAUUGAAGCUAGAUUAUGUAAUAGAAUAAACCGUAUACGAUCGAUUGAUACAGCAAAUUUCAAUUAUUUUAAUUAUCAAUUUGAAUUGUAUCAUCAAGAUAUAUCAAUAUUCAAUGAUAUACGAAGAAACAUAAAACAAGAGCAAUUAUCAACUGAUGAAAAGGUCAAGCUUCAACAAUAUUUAAGAAAUACAAAAAUGGAUGAUGUACGACAGUUCUUAGGUUCAUUAGAUUAUGUAUUUACAUAUUACCGACAUGCAACUGGCAGGCCAACCACAUCAACACUAAAAGAGUCCGUUAAAGCUUUAAUACACAAUACUUCUCAUUUGCAUUCAUAUAUUCUCAAUGAAAAACAACCAUUUGCUAACAUUCAAUUAAAAUAUGUUAUAAAUUUAUAUGAGCUCAUUGAGGAAUUAGUAUUCGAUGAAGUAAUGAAAAAUUAUGUUAAACAAGAAUUAACUACAGACGUAUGCGUAAAUGAAGAAGAAAAAGAAAAUAUUAUUGGACAAUUUAUACGUUCAACAUAUAUGUUAGAUAAUAUUCCACAACAAUUGAAAGAUCCACGAGUAUGGUUGUCAGUAUUAAAACGUUUAAUUAUACGUGUUAUUACAGCAAAUAUUGAUUUGAACGUCCCAAUGCAAAUUUAUAUAGAACGAACAGAUUUAUGGAAUGAAGAUUUAACACAAUAUUUAGAUCUUAUUAAUAUUACCGAUAAUGUUUUAGUGCGACAUACAUAUGUUAUUUUGGAAGGAAUUGAAGCUAAAUCAACACAAAACAAUCAUUUGAAUACUGAUAGCAAAACUAACAGUGAAUCAAGAAACAUUCGUGACUGGUGUCAAACCAAAAAUGAAGACAUCAAUCAAUUAACAACAUUGACAACACCAGAAGUCACAACAACAGGAAACAAUAAGAAAAAGAAAUUUCGGGUGGACUAG